GGGCUGUAGGCCAGCCCAAAAUGGCAGCCCUGGAAGAAGAGUUCACGUUGUCUACGGGAGUCUUAAGUGCCGGGCCUGAAGGAUUCCUAGGUGUAGAGCAGAGUGACAAAGCCGACCAGUUCCUAGUGACGGACAGCGGCAGGACCGUCGUCCUUUACAAGGUUUCUGACCAGAAACCCUUGGGCAGUUGGUCGGUGAAACAAGGUCAGCGUAUAACAUGUCCUGCUGUGUGCAACUUUCAGACUGGAGAGUAUAUUAUGGUACAUGACCAUAAGGUUUUGAGAAUAUGGAAUAGUGAAGACGUAAACUUGGAUAAAGUAUUCAAAGCUACACUGUCAGCUGAGGUCCAUAGGAUCCACUCAGUACAAAGAACAGAACCCUUGGUGCUCUUCCGAAGAGGUGCUGCACGUGGGUUAGAGGCCUUGCUUGCAGAACCACAGCAGAGCAUUGAAGCUGUCAUACCUGACGAGGAAGUGAUCAAGUGGUCGGAGGUUUUCAUGUUAUUUAAGCAACCGGUUUUAAUUUUUAUUACUGAAAAUCAUGGGAAUUACUUUGCUUACAUACGAUUGUGCAAAUCACAGAGCUUAAACAAAUACACACUUGUACUUGGAAAAGAAGAAAAAUCUGUUAAACCAAAUUUUACUGCACGUGUGGAUGGGAAAUUCAUCUCCCUAGCGUCACUGAGCUCUGAUGGAUGUAUAUAUGAAACCUUGAUACCAAUAUAUCCAAGUGACACAGAAAAAAAUCAGAGGUUAGUUAGAGCAUUGAUGCUCAAGUCAGUCGUGACUGGCGGUGCUCGAAAUGGUGUUACCCUCACCAUCCUGGAUCAAGACCACAUAGCAGUCCUGGGACCUCCACUUCCAGCUUCUAAGGAAUGCCUCUCCAUAUGGAACAUAAAGUUUCAGACAUUACAGACAUCAAAAGAGCUGCCACAAGGAACCAGUGGGCAACUCUGGUAUCAUGGGGAAAUACUAUUUAUGCUGCAUGGAAAAUGUCUAACUGUGAUUCCAUACAAGUGCGAAGCAUCGUCGCUAGCGGGGGCUCUUGGAAAGCUCAAGCAUACUCAAGAGUCAGGCACUCAUUCCAUGCCCCAUUUUGUAAAUUGGGAAACGUGUUCAGGAUAUGAACUUGGGUCCAACAGUGCAGUGCAGUCAAGAACUCCUAGGAGAAAAAAAGUUGAAACAAAUUUACUGCCAGAAGUUCCAGGAUUCAAACAACUUUUAUCAAUAAUAAAGAAAGAUUCAGAAAAGCACAUUGAAGUAGAACUACGUAAGUUUUUGGCUAAGUCGACACCUGACUUUCAUACUAUAAUUGGAGACAUAGUAGCAGGACUUCUGGGAAGAUGUAAAGAAGAACCAUCGUUUUAUCCGCGGAACUGUCUGAUGCAGCUCAUCCAAACACAUGUGCUUUCCUACAGUUUAUGCCCUGACUUGAUGGAGAUUGCCCUAGAGCACACAGAUGUGCAGAUGUUACAGCUGUGUCUGCAGCAGUUCCCUGACAUUCCUGAGUCUACCACCUGUGAUUGCUUAAAACUUUUCUUGAGCGUUGGUGAUGACUGUCUUCGAGACAGUAAUAUCAACAUGGAGUCAGUGUUUGAUUAUAGUGAUUCCACACAAGAUGAGAAAAAGGAAAUGGAAGAGCAAACUGAAAUUGUUCAGAAUGGCUUUGGUCCUGAAGAUGAGAACGGCAGUAAAGAUAGUCAGCAAUUAAAUAAAAAACCUGGAGACACAGCACAGGAGACCAUCGCCUUCCCUGUGACCUCGUGUCCUGUGGCACCAAAGCGAGCCGCUCUGUUAAAUGCAGUCCUUCAUUCCGCAUACAGUGAGCCCUUCCUCCUGCCACACUUGAAGGACGUCCCUGGGAAGCAUAUCACGCUGUUUCUCCAGUAUCUGUAUUUCCUCUAUUUGAAGUGUACUGGCAAUGCUACCAUGACUCUCCCUGGAGUAAACCCUCCAACCGUGAGCCAGUUUUCAGAAUGCCAGAUUACCUUUCCAAACAGUUGUGAUGGGGCUAACCCUGAAGUUUGGGGCUUUAGUCUCCACAUUCUGCCACACCUGAUAGUAGUGUCAAGCUUCUUACGCUUGUUAAUCAGGUAGGGAACAGUGUUGUCUUGUCUUUAUAUUUCUUUGACAGAGGGUGCAGUAGUUUUUCUUUAUUUCUUUCUGUGAGAUAUGUAGUCAGGUUCUUUAUCCAUCUUUCUGUUGUAUUUUUUGUUUGUGGUGGGUUAUAAACAGUCCCUAUAUAUUGAGUAAAUUUCAAUUCAUUCUUUGACACUUUCAUGUGUUACGUAUACAGUGGUUUCAGUCCUUGUCUUCCUGUUAACCCUCUCCCUCCCUCUCCUGCUGAAGCCCUUUCUUUCUGAGACACACCCUUCACUUUCAUGUCUGCGUGAGACCCACUGACUCUGAUUAGGGCUCCUUCAAGAGCAUGGAUGGAAGUCAUUGAGUAGAUCAGGGGCUGCUUUCCAGUAGCUGUACCCCUGGAUAGAUGCCCCUCACCAACUGGGAGUUGCUAGCAGUCCAGUCCCUCAGGGAGGGUGGGACCUCCUGUCGUCUCCUCAUCUUUUCAGUGUAAUUUUUUUUCUAGGCAAAUUUUAAUUUUUACAUAUAAGAUGCAUUGGACUCUUCCUUUAAUUCAUUGACUCGUAUGUAUUGUAUAUUUACUUAUUUUCUUGUUUUUGUUUUGUUGGUUUGAGGCAGAGUCUCACUCUAGAGCUCACGCUGGCCUUGAACUCUCAAGUGCUUGGGGCUACUUUGGAGUUUUGUGGAGUUAGCGCUCCCUUACAAGUAGAUAUUUCAUAAUGUCUUUCAUAUCUGUGUAUUUCCUAGCACCUUUGGCGGUGUGGAACUGUGUAGUGUACUUGUGUAAAUGUAUAUCUUAUUUGCAUUAUCUUCACUUUAGGCCAUAGUAUCUGUGACACUAUGUCUGUGAUACACAGCACUUGUGACAUGUCAGUCAGGGUAAAAGGUAAAUGGGUUUUUUUCAUGUCAUUACAGAUAAUUAUUUUUAAAAAAUAAUAUUUUGCCUUCUCCUUUGGUGAGACUGUCUCACUGUAGCCCAGCUGGCCUAGAACUCAUACCAGUCAUCCUGCAGUGCUGAGUCACAGAUGGGAGCCACUGUGCCUGAGAAAACAAGCUUUCUGUAUAAGCCAGCUAGUGCUAAAUGCUGGAUUAGAUCUGACCUAAUGUUCUUAUCACUGACUAAUGUUCUCCUUACAAAGUAUAAAAGCAGGAAGAAAACAUUUAUGCUCCUUAGAAAUUAUUCCAUCUCUAAGCUGAGGGUUGGUUGGCACACACCGUUAACCUCAGCACUUUUCAGAGGUAGAGGCAGGCAGAUCUCUAUAGUCUAUCUGCAUGAGUUCUGGGAUAGCCAGGGCUACAUAGUAAAACCUUGUCUCAAAAAAACAAAAAAACCAAGCGCUCCCUUAGGCAGCACGUAUACUAAAAAAAAAAAAUUGGAAUGAUACAUUGAAGAUUAGCAUGGCCCCUGCACAAGGAUGACACGUAAAUUUGUGAAGCGUUCCAUAUUUAAAAAAAAAAAAAAAGAUUGGCUUUUCUUCUGUUUGAGACCAUGAAGGACUUGAAUUAAUGAAUUAAUUUUUCUGU